AAUCAAAGCAGCACAUGUCCUCCACCUCCUACAUUUCCUCCACCUAAAGUAAAAAAUGAAACGUGUCUGAAGUGUGAAGCAGGCUGGGAGCUACAUGGAGUGAACUGUUAUUAUUUCUCCAACAAUAAGUCCACCUGGAAUGAGAACAGAGAUUCCUGCAGAGGUCAGGGAGGAGACCUGGUGAAGAUCGACAGCAGAGAGGAGCAGAUGUUCCUGGAGGGGAAAGUGAAAGAGAAAAUGACAAAUAAGGACGAUUCGUUCUGGAUUGGACUGACGGACUCAGAUAAUGAAGGCAGCUGGGUUUGGGUGGACGGAUCUCCACUGAAGGAAAGUUUGAGUUUUUGGGGAAACAACGAGCCUGAUGGUCAGGGUGGAGGAACAGACUCAGAGGUGGACUGUUGUCCACAUGAUGAGACCUGUGAAGGAGGUAAGGAGAUGAAUGUGGAGGUAAAUAGGGAGAAGAUGCAGAGAGCAAAAUGGUCAUAG